CACGCGUUGCAUUGUUGUUUAAAUUUUGAUUCUGCACAUUUAAGAUGUUUCCACAAAGAAGCUCGGUAACAUAUCGCACACCCACCUCCCACCAGCCACCACCGGCCAUUGAAUUGGCCAACAAUGUGGACUAUCCCAAUCUCAAUGUUGCGGAUAUGAAUGCCCGGCUGGAGAACCUGUCACCCAGACUGCUCGACUGCUUCGACAGCAUUACAAUGAAUGAACAGCAGCAUUUUGCAUUGGCCACAAACCAUCGAGAGGGUAGCCAAUGGUGGGGCAUGCUCUUCGGCUACAAUCAAACGGACCACAUGACCGUUGACAAUGCGGACUUCAAGUUGCAAUGCGACUCGACUGUGAACAUUCUACGCUAUGCUGAUAACAAUAUACUGCUCGUAGCGUUGGGUGAUACGCGGCUGCAGGCCUGGUCGACAUAUUCCACGGUGCGCAAUCCAGAGACGCCAUAUUGUCUGUUUCUCAUUGGCGAAAGUGACGCACACAAGGCGCCCAUUAAUCAGCUCAGCGUGAUCAAAUCUCAGCCACAGCACGCAGUGACCACCUGCCUGGAUAAUGCGCUCAAUGUCUGGGAUAUUUCUGGCGCCGAUUUAUGCAGCACGUAUCGUGCGCGUUGCGCUCAUAACUCGAAAAUAACAGGAUUGGCUACUUCAGCCACAGCUGCUAGCCAAUUGGUCACCUGUGAUCGCGGUGGCUGUGCACGCUUGUGGGACAUACGUGCUUCAUCGCCCACCUCCAUGUGUCUCUAUGAUGAUAAGACGCAUUUGCUUAGCUUCACCUGUGCCGCUUGGGCAGCGCCCACUGAGCUCCAAGGCGACAAUUAUGUCCAUCUGGGGGACUAUGAUGGCAAUGUCCAUACGCUGGAUAUACGAGUGCCACGCAAGCUUCAACAAACUAUAUCCUAUUUCGAUGAGGCUCAUGUCUCACAGCUGCUAGUGAAUGGCUCCCAUCUGGCGGUCAUGAGCAAUCUGCCAGCUGGAGUAAAGAUAGCCAAGGUGACAGAGGCACAUGAUGUUAUCUACACCAAUGAGAAUACGCACGACCGUCUCACGGAUGCCAUUUGGCGAGAUGAUCACACGCUGCUGACCAUUGGCCAUGGACGAAAAAUGGCAACACAUAAGAUAUAGACGAUAGCUUUUGAA